AUGGGCAACGAUAAUAAAAUCCAAUACGAAGCUCUCCCAAUCCCCACCUACGACGAGGCUACUGCCUCUCGCCCAGGGUCGUCGCGAUCCGAACAAGACCCCGAUGAACCUAGCAGCUACGCCGAAAGACAAGGCUUGCUCCACGAUGCCGAUGCUACCACGACACAUGAGGGGAACCGAUCCCGGUUCCAUGGCUACCAUCCCCCAACCGUCGAAUCCGCUCGGAAUAGUGUUGACGACCUCGAAUCGUCGGCCCCGGGGUCGGAAAGAGGCUCUCUUGAAGACCUGCAGCGGGAACUCGCUCAGAUGGACGUGGAGGACCCAAAUCAACGGCCAACUCGACACUCCAGAUUGCGCUCCCAAUUCUCGAAACGGUUCAACAGUCUGACUCGUACCCUAUCCUCGAUACACCUCCCGCUGCGUCGAUACCUACCCAGCUUCCGCUUUACGAUCAAUCUCGACACCGCUCGCUCGACGAUGCAAAACCACGGGUGCAUGAUCAUGCUACGCGUCUUCGGUCUGCUGCUAGUCGUAACCGUCGUUUAUGUGUUCUUUGUGUCCGACAUCUUUAACAUGAACACCCGAUUCAUCAUGGGACAGUCCUACAGUGCGGCGUCCGUGGAGAAUUUCAUCCAGGGCCAUAUCAAUGAAACAAACAUUGCCGAGAACUUGAGAAGGGUCACGAAGUUUCCUCACAUGGCUGGUACCGAAGGAAGCUACGUGCUGGCGGAAUGGAUCGAACAAGAGUUCCGGAACGCCGGGCUGGAUGAGAUCGAAAUGGAGGAGUUUCAAGUGUACCUCAACUAUCCCACCUCGGACGGAAGAAGGGUUGCCAUUGUCGACCCCCCAGACCUGGCUUGGGAAGCCGCCCUUGAAGAAGACAUCAAAGAUAAGAACCAAAAAACCCUGGUCUUCCAUGGCCACUCGAAAUCGGGGAAUGUCACUGGGCCUCUCGUGUAUGCGAACUACGGUUCCAAAGAAGACUUCCAAUAUCUUGCAGACAAGGGGGUUUCUGUGAAUGGCUCCAUAGCACUGGUUCGAUAUUACGGGUCGGAAACCGAUCGCGCUCUGAAAAUCAAGGCCGCUGAACUAGCCGGCGCCGUCGGCUGCAUUAUCUACUCGGAUCCGUCAGAGGACGGCUUCGUGCGCGGCCCCGCAUUUCCGGAGGGACGAUAUAUGCCGGCAGACGGCGUGCAAAGAGGCGGUGUAAGUUUAAUGUCGUGGGUUGUCGGAGACGUCUUGUCUCCAGGCUUUGCAUCCACGCCCGAUGAGUCCAAGAGACUUAAGCCGGAGGAAAGCGCGGGUUUAACGGGCAUUCCGAGCUUGCCGCUGGCCUGGCGCGAUGCCCAGAAACUCUUACAGGCCCUCAAAGGCCAUGGUUCAAAAGUGCCUAAGAAAUGGGUCGGUGGUGUGCCAAAGGUUGAUCAAUGGUGGACCGGAAAUGAUGAUUCACCCACCGUCAACCUCGUGAAUUUGCAGGACGAGGUAGAAAGACAACCAAUCUACAAUGUGUUCGGAAGGAUUGUUGGUCUCGAGCAACCGGAAAAGAAAAUCAUCGUCGGCAAUCACCGGGAUUCAUGGUGCGUAGGAAGCGCCGACCCGGGAAGUGGCACAGCCGUCUUCCUCGAGCUUGUUCGCGUGUUCGGCGAGCUCCUCGAACUGGGGUGGCGCCCGUUACGUACAAUUGAGUUCGUCAGCUGGGAUGCAGAGGAGUACAACAUCAUCGGCUCCACGGAGCACGUCGAAAAGGAAUUGGAGAUCUUGCGUGAUAAUGCAUAUGCCUACAUCAACGUCGAUGUCGGUGUCGGGGGUCAGGACUUCGAGGCCGCAGGAUGUCCGGUUUUCGAGCGUGUUGUUAUGCAGAUCCUCGGCCGCAUUUCGGACCCAGUAACCAACGAGACGCUGAAAGACAUCUGGGAGAAGAAGCAGAAACGUUUGGCCCCGCUGGGCUCUGGUAGUGACUACGUUGCUUUCCAGGACAUAGCUGGAACAUCCAGUGUGGAUUUCGGAUUCACCGGCCAACCAUUCCCUUACCACAGCUGCUACGAGAACUGGGACUGGAUGACGAAGUUUGGAGACCCAGGAUUCCGGUAUCACAAGAGCUUGGGCCAGUUUUGGGGUUUGUUGCUCCUCCAGUUCGCGGACAACCCGAUCCUGCCCUUCGAUUUGGAGAUUUACGCGGAGCGCAUCGCCGUCUAUGUUACGGACUUGGAAACCUACGCGAAAUCCAAGAAGGUUCCAAUUGCUCACAACGAUAAAGCCGGCCGGGAUGUCUCGGUCACUUUCAAGGCUCUGUACGACGCUGCCGCGAAAUUCCAGGACGACGCUGCCAGGUUCCAAAAAUGGGCUCAGGUGUGGCACGACGCAGUCUGGGGAUCCGGGGGGUUUGAAAACAACGUGAUGGCUAUCCAACGGAUGUCUUAUAAUGCCCGCAUGGCUGCCUUUGAAACCCAUCUUUUGGAUGAUCGGGAGGAUGGCGGAGUACCCAACCGGACACAAUUCAAGCACGUUAUUUUUGGGCCUCAACUGUGGUCUGGCUACGAUCCUACCUUCUUUCCGGCUAUUCGGGACAGCAUCGAUUCAGGCAACUGGACCCAAACCCAGGAAUGGGUGGACCGAGUUGCGGACAUCCUACAUAACGCGAGCGACCAACUAUUCCACAACUGA